UUUAGUCAUGCCCCUAGGAGCGGUUUAUGAAGUCAGCCAAGAAUGGUCAUUGGGUCCGGAACUUUGUGAUAUGUGGACCUCAAGCGAUGUUCUCUGUUGUACGGCGUCCAUUCUUCAUCUUGUAGCAAUUGCUCUUGACAGAUACUGGGCAGUAACGAACGUCGAAUACAUCCAUCACCGGACCUCGAAAAGAAUAGGCAUGAUGAUAUUCAUUAUUUGGGUCGUUUCGUUUCUGGUAUGUAUUGCCCCGCUGCUCGGCUGGAAGGAUCCACAAUGGGACGACAGGAUACGAGAUAAAAAGUGCCUGAUAAGUCAGGACCUUUAUUAUCAGAUAUUCGCCACCGCUUCGUCCUUCUAUCUGCCCUUACUGGUCAUCCUCAUUCUCUAUUGGAGGAUAUUCCAGACGGCUAGGAAACGUAUCAGAAGAAGACAAAUGAUGAACCAGACGCAGCAAGCCGAGAGGAAUCCCGCAGCCGGCGGUAUAGCAGGAGGAUUAGCGGCCGCUAGCGGAGGAAUAGCAGCAGCAGUCGUGACGGUAAUAGGCCGACCCCUCCCCACCAUUUCGGAAGCCACCACCACCACAGCUUUCACCAACGUCUCCUCGAACAACUCGAGUCCAGAGAAAACUUCCUUCGCCAACGGCCUGGAAGCGGACAUGCCCACCACCACCGACUCUUGCGCCACCUACCAGCCUCAGUACCACCCGGUCAAACGAAAAACUCGCGACGGCAUUGACUCGAAACGAGAGCGAAAAGCGGCCAAAACGCUGGCCAUCAUCACGGGCGCCUUCGUGCUCUGCUGGCUACCGUUCUUUAUCAUGGCUGUGAUAAUGCCCAUAAACGCUAACCUGUUCGAAAAGUACAUGGUGUCGAUUUUUCUGUGGCUGGGCUACUUCAACUCGACCCUGAAUCCCAUCAUUUACACAAUAUUCAGCCCGGAAUUUCGACAUGCUUUCAAGAAGAUCCUUUGCGGAAGGAACUACGCCAGACGCAAUAGGCGAUUUGGCGUCAGGGGCCAUUUUGCAUGAUGGCGGCAGAGUGGUCGUUUACCUUCGGACAGCGAGCCGCCGGUGGCCGCGCGGCUGGCCGCUAUAGUGGCUGCGCCGGCGGUGGCAGCUGGCCCCAAAAACGUCACGUUUAAGUGUGACUGAUACGAAGAUAAACGACCACGAAACGUCGUAUCGCCCAUUGUAGACUAUGAGAGUAGUAGUAGCAACGAGAGGGUUGUUCUUGAGCUUAAAGUCAUCCCUGAAGUCUAGCUUUAUAUUGUACAAUAAUAUAAACAAAAUCGGUGUAUUACAGUAUUUUAUUACCCAGAGACAACUGUAAAAUAUGAAGUAAAACUCUGAUUUCGAACUUUCAAUUUCUUUAAAUAUUUGAUAGUUAGAUAGUAAGUUUAAAAUGAUUUUGAAUGUUGUAACAGUAACGCCUAUGGUUCUAACAAAGUUUACAGAAUUUUCUCUAAACGUUGCGUUGGUUCUAAUGUCAACGACUUGUCUUAAUAAUAUUUCCGUAAUCUACUGUCUUAAUUACUAAAAUAUAUGCAAAGAAUCAUUGAUGUGAUUGUGGCUUAAUUAUUGAUGUAUGUUUAAAUUAACAUUUGUCUCUAAACAUGCCGUAUCAGAGGGUAAUAUAAAAAAUGCAGAACUAAAUAAAAUUUUAAUUCUUUCACAAUUUUUUCCGGGCGGUUACAAAAUUUAUUUUAUCAGUUAUUGUUACGCUUACUAGACUUAUUUAGUUAUGAAUAAUCUUUAUGUACCUAUUUAUAUUUUUAAUAAAUUUUUCGUCUACGCCUAUGGUGGAUGCUGCUUCUUCAGGUGGUAUCAUGCAAAAUAACAAUAAAAACACGUAUUAAAACGUUUACA